CUCCACCCGUUGCAGCCAUGAUGCAGGAAGGGCUGGACGACGGACCCGACUUCCUCUCCGAGGAGGACCGGGGACCGCGGGCGGUGAACGUGGAUCUGCAGACGGACGCCACGCUGCAGGUCGACAUCUCUGACGCCCUCAGCGAGAGAGACAAGGUCAAGUUCACCGUCCACACCAAGAGCACGCUCCCAAACUUCAAGCAGAACGAGUUCUCGGUGGUCCGACAGCAUGAAGAGUUCAUCUGGCUGCACGACUCGUUCGUCGAAAACGAAGAAUACGCAGGAUACAUCAUCCCUCCGGCUCCUCCCAGACCAGACUUUGAUGCGUCCAGAGAGAAGCUCCAGAAGCUGGGGGAGGGGGAGGGAUCCAUGACCAAGGAGGAGUUCACCAAGAUGAAGCAGGAGCUGGAGGCAGAGUACCUGGCCAUCUUUAAGAAGACCGUCGCCAUGCACGAGGUGUUUCUGUGUCGCGUCGCCGCUCAUCCCGUCCUCAGGAAGGACCUCAACUUCCACGUCUUCCUGGAGUACAACCAGGACCUAAGCGUACGAGGGAAGAACAAGAAGGAGAAACUGGAAGACUUCUUCAAGAAUGUGGUGAAGUCGGCCGAUGGCGUCCUGGUGGCCGGAGUCAAGGACGUGGACGAUUUCUUCGAGCAUGAGAAGACGUUCCUGUUAGAAUAUCACAACAGAGUCAAAGACGCCUCGGCCAAGUCCGACAGAAUGAUCCGCUCGCACAAAAACGCUGCUGACGACAUCAACAGAAUCGCGUCGUCUCUGUACACAUUAGGAACGCAGGACUCCACAGACCUCUGCAAGUUCUUCCUCAAAGUGUCGGAGCUGUUUGAGAAGACGAGGAAAAUUGAAGCUCGAGUCGCAGCAGAUGAAGACCUGAAGUUGGCCGAUCUGCUGAAAUAUUACCUGAGAGAGUCGCAGGCUGCAAAGGACCUGCUGUACCGGAGGAGUCGGGCUCUGGUCGACUACGAGAACGCCAACAAGGCUCUGGACAAAGCUCGAGCCAAAAACAGAGACGUCCUGCAGGCCGAGACCAGCCAGCAGCUCUGCUGCCACAAGUUCGAGAAGAUCUCCGAGUCGGCCAAGCAGGAACUCAUAGACUUCAAGACGAGACGAGUGGCAGCGUUCAGGAAGAACCUGGUGGAGCUGGCAGAGCUGGAGCUGAAACACGCCAAGGGGAACCUCCAGCUGCUGCAGAGCUGUCUGGGCGUCCUGAAAGGUAACACUUAACUGUACGGCCCCGCCCACAUCCCACUGGCCACGCCCCCUGACUGCAGUCCCGCCCAUCUUCAGCUGGACACGCCCACCGGGUGGGGCGGGGGGCGUCGCCUGGAAGGACGAGCGACACCGAGGACUCUGGACCAGAGAGAGAGAGAGAGAACGGGGUUAAAAUGACAGAAAGUCUUCAUCACUAACAGACACCAUCUUCAUCCUCCUCCUCAUCCUCUCCCUCUCUCUCCAGCAGGGCCGGGACUGGCUCUACUGGUUCUGUUGGUUCUGCUGGUCCAGUUUGAGACCUGCAGCAGCAGCUGGAUCAGACUAGAGCCUCUUUUUUACUGAGUGACGUUUAUGUGAAAACCUUAUAGUAAAUCAUUUUAGAUCAUAUCAGCAGAAUAUAAUCUUCCGUAUAAACGUCGCUCAGUUCGGUGAAGCUGAUCCCAGUUUGCUGCGUCGACCAACUGGUCCCAGUUUGUCUCUGCUGGUCUCCACCCUCCAAAACCUCCGGCUGUCCAGCUCCACUUAGUCUUUUGGUGAGACGGUAAAAACAGAAAACUUUGUCUUGUAAUUACGAGAAUAUUUUCUCACGUUAUUGAGAUUUCUUUGUCAAUAAUUCUGAGAGUUUUCUUUGUUAAUUAUAAUUUAGAUUUCUUGUGAUUACGACACAAAUUUCUCAAACUUCUUAAACAGUUUUCUCUCCUCGAUAGGAGAUCAAUUAUUUUGAAAUUACAAGACAGAUUUCUGACAACUGAGGCAGUUUGUUGUCAUCAUUAUUAAAGAUUAAAACAGAUUUCUCGUAACUUUCAGACUGUUUUUCUCUUAAUUAAGACAGUCUUUUGUAACUAUGAGAAUUUAGAAUUUUUUCAUAAUUCUGAAACUCUUUGUGGAUUCAUGAAAGAUUUUUUCAUAAUUAUGGGACAAAUUUAUCAAAAUUACACAUUUUUCAGAAAAUUCGGGUUUCUCAUAAUUAUAAAAGUUCUUGUUGUAGUUUUGAGACAAUUCAAAGUCAGAAACCAAAAAUCAACUUGUUUCAAGAGUUUUCUAGGAUUAGUAGCAUUUGCUCUUGGCUUUUAAAAAUAUGUCACUGUUGAUUCAGCCGUUAGAUCUUCAUCCAGUCAUCAGAGUCACACAUUUAAGGUCCCCUAAAGAGGAAAGUCUGGAAACAAGUUCAUUCGUUGGUUUCAGGAAUCAAAAGACAGAAGUUCUGGACAACCUGGAAGUUUUUGAUUUCCCACAGAUGAGACGUCUGUCUUUGGUUUUAUUUCCUGCUUUUCUGUUUCUGCUGCAGCUGUCGUCUCUCUGUCUCCAUCCUCCCUCUCCUGUCGUCUUAUUUUGGCGGUGCUUGUGUGUCUGGGGGUGGUUUUAUUGUGGCGGUGAACUCGUGUGCUGCUGCUGCUGCUGUGUGGAGGCGUCCUGAGUCCGGCUCUCGGUCCCCGUUCUUAUUAAAGUGUAAUUUCACGAAUAAAAAAAAAACAGCCUUGUACAUGUUUGUAUUAGUUAUCUAACGAACGCUAAUCUUCCUCCUCGUCAUCAUCAUCAUCAUCACUAACUGUAGCUUCUUUUCUCUCUGAUCACAUGUUUCUUUGUCAUUCCAGUCGAUGGUGGAGCUUCAGUCUGUUUGCCUUAACGUUGAUCAGUCGCUCCGUUUGAUUUAUUGUAAAGAAAAAGUUAAAAAAUCACCGAAUGAAACCCGUUUUUGUUCCCGUUCUUUUUUAAAGUGCACUGUAUACGAAUGUUUUUCACUCUUACGUGACCAAAGCUUCCAUUUGCUGAUUCAACAUGGAGACGUGAUGAAACAGAAAAAGAAGAAUAAAACUGAUGGUUAUGAAAUUCACAACAUUUUAGUUGUUUAAACUUCAGCAGGUCUGUAAUCCACCCUGGUCAUACUGAGACUCAAUAAAACUCUACGGACACUUUUCUUACAAA